ACCCCUCAGCGCCCACCCCCGUUUCUGCGACAUUACUUGCGCCCCUGCUCUGUUCGCAGUUUCUCGCAACCCAUGACCGGCCACAACGCAAUCCUCCGCUUCCACUGGGUGCCAUGAACAGCACACCUCGACGAGGCCCCGGCGGGUUUCCCGCGACUCCGCAACAACCAAAUCGCUCUCCCGGCGUGAAGAGCCCCAAUGGAUCUACUCCAACCCGUCCGAACGUGCGGUCGCCACUCCCCGAUGUACCCAAAACCACCGUACCAGCGAGCUCGGGGCCUCUAAUACCGACGGACAUCCUCGACGCUGCGCAACAGCGCUUCUACGUAUUCGCAUUCUACGUUGCCCUGUGGGCGUGGCGGUUAUACGAUUUCUACACGCUGGCAAUUGAGGAGGACGAGUCGCUGGUGUUGUGUCUGAAAUGGUGCUUCUUGGAUAUGUGCUUCAUCUUUGGCGUCCCGCUCCUGGAGAUACCCUGGCUGGAAUGGAGCAAUGCGACGGCCUUCCUCCUGUUUGUUCUGCAUGCUUCCUUGGACGGCAUCCUCAUGUUCCGGAUUGGUCUUCCCCUGCAAGCGUGGCUGAUCUCGCUCGCUGGCUUUUUGUGGGACAGCGAGAUGGCUAUCAGCGAGCGGAGCGUUAAACCCGGACCCAUCUUGCACAACGCAUCUCUCAUAUUGGGGAAGAAGAUCAUCAACAUUCUCCCUGAAGGGUCGGCGAUUCUGAACCCCAACCAGGAGCCUUUCUGCCUUAAUUCCUCCGUCACCCACGUGGAUAUUCCCAUCCUCAUUAACCAGACCGAGCCUAUUGAAAUCGACCUCCAGCGCGUCGACAUCGAUAGUAACCAGAAUGAGACGAUUACAAUCAAGAAGGGAGAGCUCAAGGGCCUGUUGAGGAAGGCACGGAAGUUGGCGAAGACAACAGAUCCUGCAGACCCGUUGACACUGCGGUACACCGUGAAGAAGACAGGUGUAUAUCUUCUCAAAAAGGUUCUGGACCAGUCAAAGCUGGAGGUGCGGCCGCGUGCAUCGAGCCUGAUCGUCACAACAUGUCCGCAGGCGCGAGUAAAACCAACUGGCGACCACCGUUGCAGAAAUGAUCUCUCGAAUGUCGCGCUGGAGGUUGAAGGAGUUCCUCCUCUGUACCUCAAAUACCGGUUGACCGUGGACGAUAGGCCGCGUGGUGGAUCAGAGUUCCAGAACCUCCAGCCGGACGACUUCAACUCGCCGUUGUCAAAAACCACGUCGCAAGCGCUCAUCCGAGGCGGACAGGAGGACAUCUCCUGGGCACGCUCACAGAAGAUAACAGUGCCAUUGAAUGAAAUCCUUGCUACGGGCGGCAGAUGGGAGUAUGCAGUGGAAGAAGUACGAGACGCCCUUGGAAAUUUCAUUUCCUUCGUUACGACGGACGAGGAGGAUCGACCAAAAGCCAAGCCCACAGGUCUCCAUCAAUCCUUCCGCGUGCACGAACGUCCAAAAGCUUCUCUCAAAGGGUGCGGCCCGCAGAAUCCCUUGCAAGCCCCGAAAGGGGAGGGCAAGCGCCUUCCUGUCGAGUACUUUUCAACCGGAAAGAAGCCCAUAGAUGGUGCGCAUACCAUAUCGUACCUCUUUACGCACGAGGCCGACAUCGUUGCGGAGGGUUAUCAUAGCCCCAGCGCAGAGCUCCAAAAGAAGACCAUGAGAAGCAUCCGAGAGCAACCGCUCAUCGCUGCACCCGGAUUGUACACCAUCAAAUCGAUCUCGACCGAAUUCUGCGAAGGCGAGGUGCUCGAGCCUACAUCUUGCUUGCUGCAGAAUCCCCCAGAACCAGAACUAUCGUUGUCUAGCGAAGAUAUUGUCGACAAGUGUGCGGGCAACCCCAUCGGUCUUCGCGUCGGCCUGGACUUCAUCGGAACGCCUCCCUUCUACCUCUCGUAUACAGAGCAGAGAAAUAACCGAAAACCAAUCCACCAUCCCCCGAGGCAGUUCGGCUCGCUUAGAGGCACAAUGGAUCUUACGCCGACGGACGAAGCUGGGCACUACACGUACACUUUCAACACCAUCUCUGACGCAGUGUACAGGGAACGGCCCCUGCAGAAUCUCAUACUGCAGCAAGACGUUAAGCCACCCGCUUCCGCACAUUUCGUGGAAGGCAAGAGGCCCAAGCAAAUCUGCAUUGAUGAUUCUGUCGACUUUGAUGUAGCACUGCAGGGUGAAGGCCCAUGGAAACUGGAGUAUGAGCUCGUGCACAACGGCAAGCGCACAAGACACGCAGUGGACAUUGAAGAAGAGCACUACAUGAUUAGGACACAGAAGCUGAGGAGUGGCGGAGAAUAUUCUGUGGCAUUGACCAGCGUCACCGACAAGAUGGGAUGCAAAGUCUUCCUUGAGGAUGAGGAAGUCAAAGUUCAGGUUCGCCACGAGCGGCCGAAGGCGUACUUCGGCCACAUCGAGGGCAAGAAAGCUGUUAUGGCUCUUGAAGGGAGGACAGUGGGUCUCCCUCUCCGCCUCACUGGAACCAGGCCGUGGAGCUUGGAGUUCGAGAAUCUUGAUUCGGGAGCGAAACAGAAGGUGGAGGUUCGCGACGCCAAUUCAAUCCUCAACGUGCAGGAUGCAGGUACAUAUCAGCUCUUGUCUGUGCGCGACUCUGUGUGUCCGGGAUUGGUCGAGGAGGAAGCUAGCCAGUUCAAUGUUGGCUGGAUACCCAGACCGAAGAUCAGCAUUGCGGAGACUUCUUCCAUCCGCUUUGAGCAUGGCAAGUACGUCAAAGACGCCGUCUGUGAGGGCGACGAGGAUUCCUUUGACGUGUCUCUAACUGGUAAUGCGCCUUACGACCUCUCUUACAGGCAAGAGUAUAAAGAUAGGAAGGGAAAGACUGUCUCUGUUAGCGAAAAGGACCUCCGAGUGCAUAACGCCAUAGCGCCGAUCCGCGCCGAUACUUCUAAGUCUGGUGUAUACGAAUACACCUUCAUGAAGCUCGCCGACAGCCGCUACGACCAUUCCAAGAAGCACUUCUCGCCCCUCACAGUGCAACAAACCGUCAACCCGCGCCCCAGCGCCCGCUUCAACAAUCCCGGCAAGACGUACAGCUACUGCUCACGCGAAGCCGAUGGUGAAGAAGUCAUCCCCAUGACCCUGGAAGGCGUCCCACCAUUCUAUCUCGAAGUCGAAAUUAAGCACUACGGCACGCCGAAACCCGAAGUCAGCAUUCACAAGAACAUCCCGACCAAUAAGUACGACCUCAAGAUUGAGCACCGCAAACUACAUCUCGGCCACUCUGCUAUUUCCAUCCGCAAGAUCCGUGACGCGCGAGACUGCUCUUUCAAGCCCGCGCCUGGUGGACCGAGAGUACAGAUUAGCGUUCACGACGCGCCGACUGCUACCGCCCUAGAAGACCGCACAGACUUUUGCGUUGGCGAGCGCCUUUCCUUCGCGCUCGGCGGCCAGGUCCCGUUCACCGUUUACUACACCUUCAACGCCCAAGAACGCAAAGCCUCCAAUGCAGGUACCACCUUCCGACGUCUCGCCGAACUCCCCGGAACCUUCACCAUAACCGGCCUCCGCGACUCCGCCUCCGAAUGUCUCGCCAGCCUCAACUUGACAAAGGAAAUCCAUCCCAUCCCUUCCGUCCGCCUCUCUGGCGGCGAAGUCACCGAAGUCGACAUCCACGAGGGCGGGGGCACGGAUCUAGUCUUUGAAUUCUGGGGCACCGCGCCGUUCGAGUUUACGUACACGCGGAGUACGAAUGCGGUGCGCGGCAAGAAGAGUAAGGUGCUGGAGAUUAGGACGGAGAUUAGCCACGAGCAUCGUAUGCAGAUUGCCGUGCAGGAUGAGGGCACAUAUGAGGUUGUGAGUAUUAAGGAUCGGUGGUGUAGCUUUGCGAAGCAGGUUGAGGGUGUGGACGGGGGGAGUAGGGGUGGGGCGCAGAAGCUAUUGACGUAUUGAGAAAGCUUGCGGUAAAGAAGGGAUGCGGAUAGGGAAAAGCAUUUCAGGGCGUUUGAAUGGUACGGUUGUUGGUUUCUUUUUUUCUAUUUCCCGCCAAAUCCUUUUGGGAUCCAACAGAUGUGGCGUUGUCGCAGCGUGUAAUAUGAACUGAGAAUACCCAUUGUCGCACACUUGGUACACUCCCCUAUUUUUGCCAACUCUCUUGUAGGUACCUCAUCGCACUCACUGUGGCCGGCAUUCCUUGCUCAACGAUGAACACCGGAAUGCUCUAUCAACGGCAUCUCUU